CUCCGUACGAGGGAGUAGUUAAUGACGCGGUGAAUGUUCGCAGUAAUUUGAUAUACGGAUCAUAAAUUUAUGGAGUAUAAUUACUGUUGACAAAUCCAAUUUAUGGACUUCAUCGUUUCAGUUUCAUAGUGGAGAUUUGGAGUCGGCUCUGCGUCUGAACCCGUUCUUCUCUGCAACCAAAACCAGGUUUGUUUGUGAUGGCUCGAGCCGAGGGAAAAUGGAUUGAGCUGGAACAAUCAGGCAUUGGACCCGGGGCAAGGAGCUCUCAUGCGAUCGCCAUUGUAGGACAAAAAGUCUAUGCGUUCGGCGGGGAGUUCACCCCGCGUGUCCCCGUUGACAAUAAACUCUACGUGUUUGAUCUAAACGACCAAACUUGGUCGGUCGUUGAGGCUGCCACCGGAGAUGUUCCUCCUCCUCGUGUUGGGGUCACUAUGGCAUCCAUCGGCGAAACCAUAUAUGUGUUUGGUGGAAGAGAUGCAGAGCACAGAGAGCUGAACGAACUCUAUUCCUUUGACACAUCCACAAACAAGUGGGCCCUUUUGUCAAACAGCGACAAUGGGCCUCCCUGCCGGAGCUACCACUCAAUGACAUGUGACGACCAAUCCAUAUACAUCUUCGGCGGGUGCGGUCUGACCGGUCGGCUUAAUGAUCUCUGGGCUUACAAUGUUGUCACCAAAAGCUGGGUGGAAUUCCCCUUGCCCGGAGAUUCUUGCAAAGGUAGAGGUGGGCCCGGACUGGCCACGGUCCUCGGGAAAAUCUGGGUUGUGUAUGGGUUUUCCGGCGAUGAGCUUGACGACGUGCACUGUUUUGAUCGGGUCGAAGGGAAAUGGAACCAGGUCCAGACUAGCGGUGAGAAACCAAGUGCCCGAAGUGUGUUCUCCACACUGGGCAUUGGGAAGUACAUAUUUAUAUACGGCGGGGAAGUAGACCCGAGCGAUUUAGGGCACCUUGGCGCUGGGAAGUUUUGUGGAGAGGUUUAUGCUCUUGACACUGAAACACUGGUUUGGAAGCUGUGGGACGCCAAGGGAGACCAUCCGGGGCCAAGGGGAUGGUGUGCCUUUGCUGGAGGGCAGAGAGAUGGGCAAGAAGGCCUUCUGGUGUUUGGGGGUAAUUCACCCACCAAUGAUCGCCUUGGUGAUAUCUUCUUCUUCACUCCUUGCUUUGAGCUUUAGUUGGUUGCCAUUAUAUAUAUAUAGGGGAACACGACUUGGGGUA